GCAAGUUAAGCGAGAACUCCUAUUCAGUUCAGAACCAUUUGAAGGUCGUGCUCGCUGACUGCAUUUAAGUUUUGCGUUGUACCGCAUUGAAGGUCUUAUCGUUACGAGUGUUUUAGUUUCAGACCUGUGUUGCUUCUAAUUAUUGUUGGUUGAUUCCGUUACUGAACAACUCCCACAACUUUUAUACACCCCUCCAGGACACCAAUUAUCUUUAGGCCAGAAAUAAACCCAACAAGUGGUAAAUAUUAUAUAUAAUGUUGUUUUUUUCAUUUUUUAAAACUUUGGUUGGGAAGGAUGUGUUAAUUGAACUGAAGAAUGACCUAUGUAUAUGUGGUACGCUGCACUCAGUCGAUCAAUAUCACAAUUUCAAACUCACUGAUAUUAGCGUUACUGAUCCUGAAAAACACCCUCAUAUGCUGUCUGUUAAAAACUGUUUCAUAAGAGGGUCUAUUGUAAGAUAUGUCCAACUCCCAGCUGAUGAAUGCGAUACGAUUGAAUUACAAAAUGCAUCCAGGAAAGAAGCAACUGUCGGGAAACAACCCCAGAACUAGCCUCCAUCACAAUAAAUCAUUUAUAUUUUGCUAAAGUUGAAUUAUAUGUUUAUACUACAAACGU